AUGACAUCCAUAGAUGGUUACAGUGCCGAGGUACUUUUCAACCAGGGAUUCUGUUACACGUACGACGAUGUGAUUUUCCAUCCAGGCUUCAUCGAUUUCGCCGCGGAUCAGGUCGACCUGUCAACGCGCGUGAGCAGGAAUAUCACAAUCCGUACACCGUUAGUGAGCUCUCCGAUGGAUACAGUGACUGAAUCCGAAAUGGCCGUUGCGAUGGCAGAAGUCGGCGGCAUGGGAUUCCUGCACUACAACAUGACGAUGGAAAGCCAAGUCGAGCACGUUAAGCGCGUCAAGUCCCAUAAUCCGGGCUACGUCGCUAAUCCAGCAAUUAUGGGACCUUCAGCCACACUUUCAGAGUUGGACAAACUUCUAACAGCCAGGGGCUUCACUUCCGUGUGUGUAACGGAGGACGGCGCAUCUGAGGGCACUCUUCUCGGCUUAGUGACUACUAGAGACAUUGAAUUUGUUCGCGAUCGAACCACAGCACUGUCUGAGGUCAUGACAACGGUCGGCAAGCUAGUUCUGGGAUCUACUGACAUGACGCUUCAGGAAAACGAAACCACGCUACUCGAGUGCAAGCGUGGUAAACUUCCCAUCGUAAAUCGCCACGGGUGCCUUACUGGUUUACUGACUCGCGCAAACGUCAAGGCUCGACUCAACAGACCUGCAGCUGGAGCGCCGGCGCUAGACAACCAUGGUAAACUGCUGUGCGGUGCGGCUAUAGGAACACGCGAUACAGACCGCGUUCGCGCGCAGCAGCUAUUCGGUGCUGGAGUCAACGCCAUUAUUCUCGAUUCUUCUCAAGGUGAUUCCGUGUAUCAACUCGAAAUGAUCAAGUUUUUGAAGAACGAGCUUCCGCAAUUGGACGUGAUUGCUGGAAACGUUGUCACUCAGCAGCAAGCGAGGCGCUUGCUCGAGGCGGGGGCUGACGGCCUCCGCGUUGGCAUGGGAUCCGGAAGUAUUUGCACGACGCAGGAGGUUUGCGCAGUCGGUAGAGGGCAAGCUACUGCAGUGUACAAGGUUGGACAGGUUGCUCGCGAGUUUGAUGUUCCCAUCAUCGCUGACGGUGGAAUCCAGAACAGCGGACACAUCGUCAAAGCUCUUGCACUCGGCGCUAAUGUUGCCAUGUGCGGAUCUGUGUUUUCAGGGAGUACUGAAGCUCCUGGACAAUACUUUUACCAAGACGGCGCUCGCGUCAAGAAGUACCGCGGUAUGGGUAGUCUAGAUGCUAUGAAGAAGGGGAGUGAUUCUCGUUACUUGAGUGAAUCUGGCCACCUGAAAAUUGCACAAGGAGUAUCGGGGACAGUGCGCGACAAAGGGUCGAUCAAGAGCACGAUACCCUAUCUCAUACACGGCGCCAAACAAGGCUUUCAAGACCUUGGCGCUGAUUCGCUUGAAAAAGUGCACCAGAUGUUAGCUAACGGUCUGAUGACGAUGGAAGUACGAACAAACGCAGCUCAAAAAGAGGGAGGGAUCCACGACAUGCACAGUUACACUAAAGUCCCUUGGUGA